ACAUCCACAUUUCGAAACUUCCUACUGGAGUGUGGCAGUUAAAACUUCCUGCUAUGCUAAAAUAUACUCGAGCUCUCUGGCGCCACACACACACACACACACACACAGGCACGCACGCACACUCACACACUCACACUGACUUGCGGGGAGUUUCAGUUUCACGCGCUUCUCCCGUGAACCGGCGUAGCGCCUCAUUUGAAUAAAGUGCUCGAUCAAAAGAGCGGAUCAAAAGAGCAUCUGUCAGAAACGAAAGACGAAGUGCGACAGAAACAGCGGAUUAAUCCCUCAAGUUAACCAUAUAAAAUGUCAAUAACUUUGUAUCUGGCUGUACUUUUGAUUGUUCUUCUACCUUCUAAAGGUUGUGACAUUUACCCUGAGAAGUCUGUUGUGAAAAGUGGGUCAGAUGUGCGUGUAAUAUUUAGAAAUUCUCACAUGACUCCAUGUCCUUUGCAUGAAAUUAAUGUAAAACAUAUAUUUUGGAAACUUAAUAAUUUGAAGAUACCAGAAGAACAGUACACAAUCACAGAUCAAAAUUCUUCCAGUGUGAUUAUUCGAAACUUUACAUCUAAUGUAGCGGAGGUGACUUGUCACAUCAGUGCUCCAGGGACCGAAAUGCUUCUUGGUGGAGUGCAUAUUAGAUCAGAAUUGCCUCCUGAUAAGCCUACAAAUAUCUACUGUGUUCAGUUGUUUCGGACAAGUUUUACAUGCUACUGGAAUUCAGGAAGAAGACCUGGGGUUCAUACAGACUACACUGUUUACAGAAAAUACAAUGACAAGAAUGAUACUUGUUUGUCGAAUAACACCUUCUGCUGCUCCUGCUGUUAUAAAGAUUUUUAUCUAACUGCUACGUAUUCCAUAAUGGUGGUGGCUAAAAACGAGUUUGGUCAAGCUUGGUCCGACAUUGUGAACAUAAAUUCAUUUAACACAGUGAAACUUCUUUCACCGGUGGAUGUUUUACUAGUACCCCUCUUGAACAAAACCCUUAAAGUUAGUUGGAAAAAUAGCCAAAGAGCAGGGUUUCCAGUAGUGUGCCAGGUGCGGCAUAAUGCAACAGACUCGGGUGACUGGGUAAUAUAUAACGUCAGUCUUGAUAUGGCCCUAAACGGUUCCUUCAACAUUCAGAACCUUGUCUGCCUCAACACGUAUAGAGUAGCAGUUCGCUGUAUUGGAAAUCAUGGCCAAAUCUAUUGGAGUGAAUGGAGUGAGGAAAAAACUGCUAUUUUGCCCGAGGAAGCACCUUCUGCACAUCUUGAUGUCUGGAGAAAGAUUUUUGAUUCUGGUGAAAAGGAGAAGAGAACAGUGCUUGUGUUUUGGAAGAGUCCAACAAAGUCUGAAGCCAAUGGUCUUAUACUCGGUUACAAAAUCCGAUGUAAAUCAGCACACAAUAUAGUGAAUGAGUUUACAUCAAAGCGGCAAAUAUUAUUGAACCUCACGCAAGAAGCUUAUGAAAUUGAAGUUGUUGCUUACAAUUCAGUUGGAGAAUCACCGGAAACAAAAGUACAAAUCCCAGCUGGUUAUUUUGAAGAUAAUAAAGGCCUGCUUCAACUGGAAGGUUUACAUGCUUAUUCUCAGGAUGAUCAUUUAUGGGUCAAAUGGAAGGAACCUGAUGUAACAGUAAAGAGAUAUAUAAUUGACUGGUGUACUGAUGCUGAUUGUAACAAAAUAGAAUUUCAGUAUUCAAACAUCUCUACUGUACUGCUUAAAGGUCCAUUUCAGCCUUAUGUGCUUUAUAACAUUACAGUACACCCUGUAUUUGAGCAGGGGCAUGGAAAGGCUGCCUCUAUUCAGGCAUACCAAAAAGAAGGAGUGCCUGGAAAAAUUCCUUUUGUUAACACUUUCCAUGUAAAACAAACAGAAGCAACAAUUCAAUGGAGUGAAAUUCCAAAAAUUGAACGUCAUGGCUUUAUCACAAACUACACAAUAUUUUACAAAGCUGAGAAUGGGCCUGAACUCUCCGUUACUGUGAACCGCAGUGUCUUCAGUUACACUCUCAAUGCACUGAAGCCCAAGACAAAAUAUAUGGCACAUAUUAAAGCUUCUACAAAAAAUGGAGGCACAAACAGUAGUGAGAUAUUCUUUACAACGAUUCAGUUCAACCAAACGUUGCUUCACAACCUCUUAAUUGCUGCAGGUGUGGGUGUUAUUUUAUUGGUCUUACUGGGAACUGUUGGUUACAUAAUGAUAAGAAAACAUCUUUUUCCUGAAAUUCCUAAUCCAGCAUAUAGUAGCAUUGUCACAUUGACCUCUCAGGGCAUUCCUAAGGUCAACAUCAACAAAACUAUACAAGAUGGUGAGAUUAUUGCAAAGAAUUUCAAAGUGAUUGAUCAGUAUCCAGAGCUUGAAGUUUUCCAUAUGUCAUAUGGAGGAAAUAUAGUUUUUCCCCCUGUACCUUCCAGGCCUCACAGUAACAAGGGAAAUGCAGCCUUUCUGGCAUCUUCAGACAGCAGCAUUGACGUACGCAAAGUAUUCCAUACAGAGAAGCCGUCUGUAUGCACUUUCAGAAGGUCAUCUUCAGUUCAGCCACUUCUCUCAGUCUCUUCCAGUGACCUACCAAGUGAGCCAGGAUCUCCAAUAAUAUUUAAUCCGCAAGAAAACAAAAGUCAUACCGCAUCAGAAGAUAACCUGUUUGAAGGCCACUUCUCACCCAGUCUUUAUCUGAAAAACUCCAUCAAAACUAGGCAUUUUAAUUCCAAUGCUUGUAGCAAAGAAAAAGAAAUAUCAGAAGUCAAGUGCAUUAACAACUUGGAACAAAGUAUUUUGGACCAGGCGUAUGUUACUGUUGAUGUGCUUUCAAUUGAUGGAUGUGGUGCCUGUAAAUUAAAACAAAGUCAUUUAUAAUGAAUUAUUCAUAAAAAAAGGAAAACCUUUCAAAAGUAAUGUUAUGCCCUGCUGAACUCUUUUUAGGGCUUAAUUUAUUAUGUUAAAUAUCUCCUACAUGAAUUAAAAUAUGGACAUAUGGGAUAGCAUUAAGUUAACUUCAAAUCAGAGACCCAUAAGCACAAUUAAUGGGACAAUAAAAUGUAACUUAAUAUUCAGACUAAAUACAUUUAACAAAUGCAACAUGUGAAUGCUCGACUGAAUGCUUGGCUCUGUAGUCCGCUUGUCCUGCAUGCGAAAGAAAGGCCUCACAAUAACAGUUCUGGCCGAGUGCUCAGCAAACCAGGGUAGUGUUGCUAAUUACCUCACAACCCACAAAACUCUAGGGUACUUUUUGGAUACUGAGAUAAUGACCUUCUCCUGACACAUUUGUGACAAAUUCUGAGUAAAUAAUGGGAAUAAAAUGUAUGGCUUUUUUCUGUUUAACUGUGAUAUGUAUAUAAAGACAUGGCUAAACCAUAAAGUUGAAUGUUGUAUCAAAACAUUUUCAAAAAUAAUAGUUUAUGUAAAUUAUGGUUUGGAACUAAUUAAUGAUUAACGGAAAAAAUAUAUUCAGGGCAGUGUGGUAGCACUGCUGUCACAUGGAUCAGGUGCCCUGGGUUCAAACUCCAUUCUGUCUGUGUGUGUCUACUUUGGUUAUUCUUCAGGUACUCCUGCUUUCCUCCCACAUUCUAAGGACAUGCGUUAGGUCAGGGGUCCUCAGUCACAGUCCUGGAGGGCCCCAGUGGCUGCAGGUUUUUAUUCCAACUAGUUUCCUAAUUUGAAAGCAGUCCAUGCUGUUAAUGAAACUUGGUAUUGAGCCAUUUAGCGUGUUAAUACCUGCAUUCAUCCAAGAGCAAUUUGAAUUGCACUGUAGAGUUUCCUUCUGUGAGAAAAUUAUCCACGUGUUUUGUGGACCAGAAUAGACUUAAACUUAAUGGUCCUUCCGAUUCCCCUCUUAUUCAUUUCUAAACAUUUUUAUCACAGAUACUUCAUGGUAAGCACGUGAGCUGGAGAGCUGCUGGUUUAUUGGUUAUCUGCAUCUCAUUAUUAACUAAUGUCUAGUUAAGAAAACCAACAACAAUUAAAACUUAAAUGCAGCUGCUAAAAUCUAAAAUAGGCAAUUAAGGAUUCUGAAUGGUAACAGACAAGAGAAUUAAAAUGAUUGCUUAUUGCUUUAGACGUAAAUAAAGGAGUUCUAAUUGAGAAAUUGGUUGAAGUGAAAACCUGAAGCCAUAGCAGACCUCCAGGUCUGUAAUUGAGGACCUCUGAUCUACAAAGUAACUAAAAUUUGUCUUUGAUGAAUAAAGACACUAACAAAGCAUAGAGUUAAACACCAACUUUCAAUAUCAGCAAGGACUGAGUUCUAAUUAGGACACUGGCUGGAAUGAAAACCUGUAGCCACUGCGGCCCUCCAGGACCCCUGUGUUAGGUUAAUGGAGACUCUAAAACAGCUUGGUCUGAGUGAUUGUGCCCUCCAGUAGACUGGUACCAGGUCCUGGGCUGAUUUUUGCCUUCUACCCAAAGGCUCCUUAUAACCAUGAAUUGAAUUACAGUGACUUUGAGAUUGUACUGCAUGUAUUUAAUGUUACAAAAUGACCUCCAACAUGCAUCAUUAAGAGUGAUAUUAAGUGUAUAAUAAUAAAAAGUUAUGAAAAAUGAAAA